AGAAAACACACUCACACGCACACGCUUUGCCAUUGCUGCUUAUCCAGCCUCUUUCUUGUUUUUAUGGUUUCACAGUGAAUUUCUGCUCCUCAAACCAACGAGUUUCCUCGUCUUCAUCUUUCUUCCCGCCUUCAUCCUUCGUCGACGAGUGUGCGUUUGAUUAAAAACGAAAAUAUAAAGUAAAAAAGGCAAUGGUGAAGAUUGGCAUCAACGGUUUUGGCCGCAUCGGCCGCAUCGUCUUCCGCGCCGCUCAGUCGCGGCCUGACAUUGAAAUCGUCGGCAUUAACGACGUGCUCGACGCGGAGUACAUGGCCUAUAUGCUGAAGUACGACUCCACCCACGGCCGCUUCGACGGCACGGUGGAGACCAAGGACGGCGCGCUUGUCGUGAAUGGCAAGACCAUCCGCAUCACCAGCGAGCGCGACCCCGCCAAUCUAAAGUGGGGUGACAUCGGCGCCGAAGUCGUCGUGGAGUCCACCGGCCUCUUUCUCACCCACGAGACGGCCCAGAAGCACAUUCAGGCCGGUGCGAAGCGGGUGAUUAUGACGGGUCCGCCGAAGGAUGACACGCCGAUGUACGUGAUGGGCGUCAACCACGCCGCGUACAAAGGCGAGGCGAUUGUUUCGAACGCGUCGUGCACCACCAACUGUCUCGCUCCGCUGGCGAAGGUGGUGCACGAGAAGUACGGCAUCGUGGAGGGCCUCAUGACGACGGUGCACGCCACAACGGCCACGCAGAAGACGGUUGACGGUCCGUCGAUGAAGGACUGGCGUGGCGGACGUGGUGCCGCGCAGAAUAUCAUUCCCUCUUCGACCGGCGCGGCGAAGGCCGUGGGCAAGGUGUACCCUGCGCUGAAGGGUAAGCUGACUGGCAUGGCCUUCCGUGUGCCGACGGCGAACGUGUCCGUGGUGGACCUGACGGUGCGUCUGGAGAAACCUGCCACAUACGCGGAGAUCUGCGCCACCGUCAAGGCCGCGGCGGAGGGGGAGAUGAAGGGUAUUCUGGGGUACACGGAGGACGCGGUGGUGUCGACCGACUUCAAUGGCGUCGCGCUGACCUCUGUCUUUGACGCGAAGGCUGGCAUCUCGCUCAAUGAGCACUUCGUGAAGCUCGUGGCAUGGUACGAUAACGAGACGGGGUACUCGAACAAGGUGCUGGAUUUGGUCCUGCACACCUCCAAGCACUAA